UAUAACGUUGCUCUAUGAUGAGAAACUCAUUAUGAGGUUAUAUUGGUUUCUAUCAUUGGUUUUUUUUCUGCAAAAAGGAUGGAUAGAGAAUGAAGAAUUGCCACAAAAGAAUCAUUACCUGAGAGAAGCGUUUGUUGUCAUUUGAUGGUUACCAGAGGAACCAAAUAGAGGAACAAUUAUUAUGGGAAAAGAACAUAUUACAUAUACACAACUAUCAUCAUUUCAUCAUCAUUAUCAUCAUUGGAGGGAAGGCAAACAUAUAACACAUACACACAAUAUACACUCACCAAAAUGCAGCGAGAGUAAGGAAAAAAUUGAAAAUUGUCAGAGAGAAAGAGAGAGAGAGAGAAGGAAGAAAACCAAAGGAGGAGAUGAUAGAAUGGGGGAGAUGAAGAAUGGGCGAAACCAUUAAAAAAGGGAGCAACCAAGUUACCUGGACUGUCAAGCGAAAAUAGAGAGACCGAGAGAUUUUCUCUUCAAUAGGAACAAAUUUUCAUCUUGGUUUGAUGAUCGAUGAACAAACAGAAUCUUUUCCUGGUACAUUGAGGCAAAUGUUCAUGGUUUCAGGGAGGAAAACAAUUGAAAUGACACAACAAUCAAAGAAAAUCAAACAAAAAAGACUGAAAAAAGCCCCUCAUGCUCAUCCAAACAGCUAAUUCGUUGGUUUUAAUGCACUCAUCUUAUUCACCCUCGUUCUCUGAAGUAAAUAAACAAUGUUCUGGUUUAAAUGUUUUCCGGAAGUUCUGUUAUCAGGGAAGAAAAGAAAAGAAAAUAAGGAAUAAGUUUUCUAAGAGAAGAUGAAAAGAUUUCCCGUUCUAUCAGGUUAAUCUUCCUGUUUCGCUUUUUGUCACCAAAGAGCAAAACGUAAGAUGAUGGAGAGAGAGAUGAAGAGGGAGAAAAGAUGACAAAAUUUUUGUCACUUGUAAUUGAUCAUCUUUAUCAUUAUCAUCAUUUUUGUUGACAUUUAACUGUUGAUCUUAAUUUCAAUCAUGAUCCUCAUCAUGUUUAAAUGUUUAUCGUGUUUACAAUGAAAUUUUUUAUUCCAUAUAAACAUCAUAAAUUGUUUCCAUCGAUUAAUAUUUAUCUUAUACUUUUCCAUACGAUUAACCUUUGCCUGACCCUUGACACUAUGGUUUCAGCUGAAAUUUUCGGUCUACAUCCAGCGAUGGCGGAGAAAAAGCCUGAUGACUCUGAAUCGUCAAGAAACGCCAACAAAUCGUCAACUCCUACACCCGAAGAUCUUUCAUUUAGUCAUCCCUUUAUGGGUGAAAGUUCAGCGCGAGUUCCCGUUAUACUUUACCCGCUCGCUCGGCGAGUUGGUUUUAGUACAAUCAUGUUAAGUGCUCUACUUUAUGGCAUCACCAUCGUUCCCGCUUUACUUGCCGUCUCUGGUUACGAUCCAUUUGGAGGCUCUGGUCUUAUUCCUUUGGCUCUUCCUGUUUUGAUUGGUGCUUUUGCUGGAAGACGAAGACGAAGAUCACUUGAAAAUCAUAUUCCAUUGGAAAGACUUGACAUUGAUUUGGAUAAAAUUAGAUUGUUAAUCGCUUCAUUGGAAUCACCAUUCGGUGUGACAAUUAACAAUCGUAACAAUCUUUGUUCUAGAUUUCGUCUUUGUCGACGAAUCGAAUCUUUCAGACAAAGUUUGGUUAAAUUCUUACGAUUGUUAUUUAAAAGUCAAAUGAAACAUUUACCAUCAAUUAAUAGUAAUCACAUGCAAGCCUUACCCAAAUUUCCUAAUUCUUAAUGGUAAUUAUGUAUUUCCUUGAUUAUUAUUUAUAUUUAAUUUAUUCAAUAUAUGAAAUUGAGUCAGAAAUAUCAAAAAUUUUCUGUUUUAUCUAAUAAAAUUUUCUUCUAAUUAUUAAAAA